AUGUGUACGCCUGUUGUAGAUGACCUAUGGAACAAGCCAGCCUAUAUUUUGUCUCUACUGCUCGAUGAGAUGCUCAAACCACCAGAAGAACGGACGGAAUGGCUCUUCUGGGUCGACCGCGACACGAUAAUCCUAGACCAAUGCCGUCCGAUAUCGAGCUUCCUUCCACCCCGAAUCCUUAAUCAAGUUGCUGCCAGCACGAAGGCCCACGAAGCAGCCCCGAAAGACGAAGACGUACACCUCAUAGCGGCCGACGAUUGGAAUGGUCUCAACAACGGGGUCUUUCUUCUGCGCGUCGGCCAAUGGGCCAUCGAGCUCUUCAGCGCCAUCAUGGCCUUUCGCCACUUUCGACCUGGCACCGAGCUCCGAUUCACAGAGCAGAGUGCCAUGGAGAUACUGAUAAAGGAGAAGAGAUUCAAGAAGGGGGUGCGAAUGGUACCUCAGACCUGGUUCAACUCGUAUCCUGGCAGCCUCAAGGCCUCGACCUAUCUCGAGGGGAAUGACGAAAAGGGGCUCUCGGAUUGGCAGACGAGACGCGGCGACUUUCUGAUCCAUUUUGCUGGAUUCGGCGAGGACGACCGUGCCAGAAGUAUGAAUAGCUGGCUGGACAUGCUGGGGAAGACACACUUUACACCGGAAGCUGGGAGGGUACAGAGGAACGCCACACCGGACAUCGAAGCAUACUGGGAAGAUUUAGAACCGAUAGAGAUACAAUGA